AUGAAUUCCAUAAGUUUCAGAAGAGAAUCGUUAACCAUCAAUGGCAAAAAAGUACCUGCGUGUUUACAUCCUAUAUCGGUGCUUCAUAGAAUCGAGAAAAAGAUGAAGAAAAAAUCGUCUUUUACUUUUUUUAAGGAUGAUAAGGUCAACAAAUGGCAUUCUACUUUGAACUUUUUAGACAAGGAGUACACUACCAAGGAAGCAAGCGUUAUUCAAUUUAAGGCACACCAGAAGAUGGCGAAAAAUGCUCUUGAUAUUAUUUUAACUAAUUUUACUGAGGAACAAUUGGCAGAGCUUGCAAAACCCAAUGAACCAGUACCUCCUUAUAUUGAGCAACUUUUAACAAAAUCACGUCUAUGGUGGCAUCAUGAGGUUAUGCAAGAGGCAAAGUCAUACCAAAGUUAUUUGAAAAGAUAUUGUAAAUUUCAAGACCUUGGAAUUCCAAAAAUAUCAAGCCUCAUCAAUGAAGGAGGAAUGCUAGUUGUUAUAAUUGGAAUCAAAAAACGUAGAUUUCAUCAUACCUCGUCAACAAAUCUUAAUCGUGAGGCAGCUAUUGAAGAAGCAGCAAAAACUGCCUUUUUAACAUUAUAUUAUGAACAUGAUAAUUCUGAGAUGGAUGAAAUUAAAAAAACUUACAUUAAAUUAUCUCCAAUUGAACAUGUGCUUAAGAGACCUGAUACUUAUGUUGGUUCGGUUGAAACUGUGACCGAAAAACAAUGGAUUUACAAUGCCGGAAAAGAUAAGCUUGAAUAUAAGGAAAUAAAUUAUGUACCAGCUUUUCUUAAGAUUUUUGAUGAAAUACUUGUUAAUGCUGCUGACAAUAAGAUGCGAGACCCCUCAAUGAAUAAAAUAAACGUUAAUAUUGAUAAAGAUGAUGGUCAAAUUUCUGUAUACAAUAAUGGUAAAGGCAUUCCGAUCGAAAUCCAUAAGGAAUUAAAUGUCUAUGUACCUGAGAUGUUGUUUGGUCAACUUAUGACAUCAUCAAAUUAUAAUGAUGAUGAAAAGAAAUUUACUGGUGGAAGAAAUGGUCUUGGUGCGAAAUCUGCAAAUAUAUUCAGCACUAAAUUUACCGUUGAAACUAUUGACAUGGCCAAGAAAAAACAAUAUGUUCAGUCUUUUUAUGAAAAUAUGACAAAAACUGAUGAACCAAAAAUCACUGCUUACGACAAAAAAGAAGAAUACACCAAGAUAUCAUUUAAUCCAGAUUUUGAAAAAUUAGGAAUGUCAAAGUUGACCAAUGACACAAUUGCUUUAUUAAAUAAACGUGUAUAUGAUAUAGCAGGAACAGUAAAAAAUGUCAAGGUUUUUCUUAAUGACAAACAAAUCCAAACAAAAAAUUUCAAAGAAUAUGUACAAAUGUACUUGAAAUCAAUUAAUGUAACUGAUGGUGAACCAUCAAAAACUGAUGUAGUCCAUCAACAAUUUGGAGAUCAUUGGGAAGUUAGCAUUGCGCCCAGUAUUGAAGGCCAAUUUCAACAAGUGAGCUUUGUAAAUAGCAUUUGCACAUCAAAAGGUGGCACACACGUUAAUCAUGUUAUUGAUCAAAUAGUUACAAAACUUAUUGAAUGCAUCGAAAAGAAAAAUAAGGAUGUUAAAGUUAAAAAUUUUCAGAUUAAAAAUCACAUUUGGGUGUUUGUUAAUUGUUUAAUUGAAAAUCCUGCUUUUGACUCUCAAACUAAAGAAAUUAUGACAUUGAAACAUCACUCCUUUAGACCAAAAUGCAGAAUAGAUGAUGAUUUUAUUAAAAAAGAAGAUGCCAUAAAUGCAGGUACCAGUCUUGCUUCGAAUUGUACACUUAUCCUUACUGAGGGAGACUCUGCAAAAGCACUAGUUUUGGCGGGCUUUGAUGUAGUUGGAAACAGUAAUUGGGGUGUUUACCCUCUUCGAGGUAAACUUUUAAAUAUAAAGGUUUCACAGUUGUCUGGUUACAUUUCUGAACAUUCUGCAUAUCAUCAUGGUGAAGCUAGUCUUCAUUCUACUAUAAUUGGACUUGCACAAGAUUUUGUAGGUUCAAACAACAUCAAUUUACUUGAACCUAUAGGGCAAUUUGGUAAAAGAAAUGAUGGAGGUAAAAGUGCAGCUAGCGCUCGUUAUAUUUAUACUAGACUCGCACCAUUUGCGCGUUUUAUUUUCCAUCCAGAUGAUGAUGUUUUACUUGACCAUUUGAAUGAAGAUGGGCAAACUAUUGAACCAAAAUGGUAUGUCCCAAUCAUUCCAAUGGUCCUUGUGAAUGGUGUAGACGGUAUAGGAACAGGUUGGAGUACCAAUAUUCCCAAUUUUAAUCCCAAGGAUAUUAUUCAAAAUUUAAGAAGAAUGAUUAAUGAUGAAGAAUUGAUUCCAAUGCAUCCUUGGUAUCGCGGUUUUUAUGGUAGAAUACAAAAAAUUGACGAAAAUAAAUAUAUAUCAUAUGGUAUUAUUGCUAAAGAAAAUAAAGCACAUGUACUGAUUUCCGAAUUGCCAGCUUGUAAAUGGACCGAGGAUUAUAAGUCAAAAGUUCUUAUUGAUCUCAUGGAAAAUGGCUUUAUCAAGAAUAUCGUUAGAAACAAUUGCACGAAUGAAAGGGUUGAUCUUGUGAUUGAAUUAACUAAUAAACAAAUGGAAAAGGCUGAAAGUGAUGGUCUUGAAAAAUUUUUUAAAUUAACAAACUCAAUAACAACAUCAAAUAUGAUGUGCUUUAAUUCAAAUAAUAAAUUAGUCAAGUAUGAGUCGCCAGAAGAGAUAUUAAAAGAAUUCUAUUCAGUACGAUUAAAUCUUUAUAUAAAGAGAAGAUUGCAUUUAAUUGAAAAAUUACAACAACAAGUUAAUAAAAUGGAGAAUAAAAUUAGAUUCAUUAAUAUGAAAUUAGAGGGCGGAAUUAAAUUUGAAGGCUUGAAGAAGUUGGAGAUUGUAAAGCUUCUUGAGUCACAUAAAUUUGACAAAAUAUAUAGUGAUGAAAUUAUUAAAGGUUAUGACUAUUUAAUGGGAAUGACUUGUUGGACUUUUAGUAAAGAAGAGAUUAAUAAAUAUGAAGAGAAGAAGAAGAUUUUACGUGAUGAAUUCGCAGUAAUUUCAGGAAUGUCGGCCAAAGAACUUUGGAUCAAAGAUCUGGAUGCAUUAGAAAAUGCAUGGGAUAAAUUUUUACAAUGUAAUUCUUUAGAUGUCGACAAAGAAAAUCGUAUGAAAUUUCCAGCUAACAUUGUAAUAGCAAUACAGGAUAUUACAAAUCCUAUGAAUUUAAAAAAAGCUGAACGAGAUAUUUGUUGUUCUUCUUCUGGUGUUCUAAAUGAUGAAAAAAUUCUUCUCAAAGCAAAUUAUCCAUCAAUAUUAUCGUCAUCAAACAGUAACAACAAAACAAGUCAACAACCUGAUCUUAGACAAUUGAUAGAAGUUUUAUUAGCAACUAAUCUUACCACAGACAACACUUUUGAAAAAGAUUUAUUGGAAUUGCUUUUAUCAGGAUGUCAAACCAUAAAUUGCACCGAUGAACAAUUAACUUCAAAAUUUAGUAAAAUCAUUUUUAAUUUUACUAGUAAACGUAUGAUACAUCUUAAUGAUAAUGAUAGUUUUGGUGUAUAUCCGUUAAAAAUUAUUCUACCAUUUUUGAUCAAAGCAUAUUCACACGCUACACAAUCAUCACAAAUUGUAGAUAUUUUAAGAGCGUUAAGCCAAAUAUUGUACGAAAAUGGAGUUAAUUGUCAAGAGUUUCAUGAACAACUCUUACAAAUCCUUUUACCACUUGCGAAUCAAGAAAAUCCAAAUCUAGAAACUCGCCGUAUGGCAAUUAAUGGAUUAGGAAAUUUAUGUUUCCGUAGUGGCAAUAAAUUAAAAGGAAAAUACAAGAAUAUUUAUCAAAUCCUUUUUACCAACCUAACGUUGGACCGUUAUGAUUUAACGAUGGAUAGUAAUACAGCUUUGCUCAAGAUUAUUAGUAGCACUUUUCGCGCUUUACAAUUUGUUGUAAAUGAAGACAAGAAUGUUUUAUCUGAACCAUUCAAUGAAACAAUUGAUGUGAUUAAAAAAUAUGUUUAUUUUAAUUUUGUGGAAGGAAAAAAUCAAAGAAAAUUUAAUGGUAGAUCAUCAACCAAUAGACAUUCUCGUACUAUAUCAAUUGGUCAUUCAUGGUUAAGUUCUGAUUCUGAGAUUUCUGACGGAGAAUAUGCAAAUUCUCGUAAAAGGAAUGAGGAUUCACGUAUUAGAUUAAAUGCUUUAGGAUAUCUUCAAAGUAUAGGCAAGGCAUCACAAAAAUUAUUGUAUCCAUAUUGGCAUAAAUUUUUUCCAAACAUACUUUCAUCAAGUACAUUAGAACCUUCUUUAAUAAGUUUGGUUGCAUAUGAGCCCAUUCAAACUGUCCGUAUAUCAGCAUGUUCCACCAUCACGGCAAUGAUUGAUGGAUCAAAAAAUUAUUUGUUGGCUGCUGAUGAUAGAGAGUCAAAAUCAUCUUUUACACCGCUUUCCAUUAAAUUAGGUGUAAUUGUACGUGAAAUUCAUUCUGGGUUGCUUCAAAUAAUCUCCACAGAGACUCGACCAAUUGUCCUUGUUCAACUUUUAAAAUGUUGUAAUGUUUUAAUAAAUAACGUUGCGUACGAUAGAUUAUCAUCUGGAUACAUUUCUAGGAUUUAUUAUUCAACAGUAAAAUUUCUAAACCAUGAAGAUCUUGAUCAACCAGCUUCUGUGAGAAUUGAAGGUUGGGGGAUUUUGUGUGCAUUUGCACGCACUCAUUUUUCAAUAAUAAGUCCUUUAUGGAAGAACAUCAAUCAACUUAUAGUUAAAGAUUUAGUCAGUGAAGAUUUAAAUGCUAAAACAGCAUCCAUGGCAUUUUUGGUUGAAUAUGCUAAGGCAUUAAGUUCUACUGAUGGAAUUAAUAACAAUGUUACAGAGAAAGAAGAAAGAGAAGAAGACAUAGGAAAAGAAGGGAAAGAAUUGUCAGAAAUUAGAACCUUUUGCACUGAAGUUAUGUUAAAAUUUUCUAAAGACGAAAGUUCAAGUGUUAAAGCUGCUGCAUGUAGAUGUCUGGGGGUGCUCGUCAUGUUUCCUUGCUUAAAUCAGGAUUUGAAAUUUAUUUCUGAUAUGGUUACAAUAAUAAUAAGACAUAUAUCAGAUACAAAUUUAAUGGUAAAAAUUAGAAGCAGUUGGGCUUUAGGAAAUUUAUGUGAUACAAUGGUACUAUCAAGGAAAUCAAAUGAUAAAAAUAAUAAUUUAGAUAAAUUUUUAACAAAUGAAAUGUGUAAUAAAAUUGUUAAAGCAGGAUUAAGUGCUACAAAUGACAAGGAAAAGGUGAGAAUAAAUGGAGUAAGAAUAUUAGGUAGCAUUAUUAAUGUUGGAUCAAGUGAGUUUUUGGAAAAAGAGGAGAAUAGUUUGGUAAAAGAAGCAGUUUUAUCAUUGAUUAAAAAUUUUGAAACUGGAUCAUUAAAGUUAAGAUGGAAUGCGUGUCAUGCAGCGUCAAAUAUGUUAGAAAAUCCCAAAUUUCCAAUUGGGAAGAAAUCUAACGAAUGGAGUAAUCAAUUAUAUGAAUCAUUAAUAAGAGUUGUGAUGAAAUCAGAAAAUUUUAAAGUUAGGAUUAAUGCAUGUUUAGCAUUGUCGGUACCAGCAACAAAAGAAAAAUAUGAUAGCAAUGGUGAUGGAAUAGAAGGAAAGAUGUAUAUAAAAAUUUUUGAUGCAAUAGUAAGUUCAUUAGAGAAUAUUGAUAAUUUAGCUGGUACAGGAUUUGGAGAGGUGAAAUAUCAAGAACAAUUAAAAAAUCAGUUAAUUGCAACUUAUCAACAUUUGAUUAGCUUCUCAGAUCAAGAUGAUGAUCAAAAAAUAGUCAAUUCAUUUAUUGAAAGAUAUAACAAAUGGUCAAAUGAUAGAAAGAAAGUUAUCAAGGAUAAAAAAUUUAGACCAUCUACAAAAGGAUCCUACCAGCCUAUUAAACCCGAGAAACGACCACCUAGACUUAAAAAACCUAAACGUCCUAAAUAUGAACGAGAUGCUCCUAAAAGGUAUCGUUCUGGAGAAGAUUUUUUGAUGGGGAAAGAUUUGAUGGGUAGGGUGAAUUAUUUAUUAUUAACAUUAUAUGCGCCAGAAAAUUCAGAAAUCGUUAGAAAAGUAAUUGAGACCUGGAGAAAGGAAAAACAAUUAGAAAAAGAAAGAGCAAACCAUCACUACCUUUCUAAUAUAUAA